AUGACUAACUUAACUACAUUAACCUUUCAUAGUGAAUAUGUUGACGAUAUCGAUCGCACGUGGGACACGUUCGAGACGACAUUAUGGGGUCAUGUUUCCGAUUUUAUCAAGCUUGCUAAAGAAAGGGUUGUUGAAAUGCAAGAAAUCUUGGAUCGAGAAGUAGCUACAGAAGGAGCGUACUCCGUGCUUUCUGUAGCAAAUCCUCCGAAAUACGCAAAAUCUACGAAAUUUGCAUCUACUAGAAAUCAAGGUAAAGGCUACAAGGAUAAAUGUUGUGAGGAAAUAAGGAAGUCCGGAGAAGCACGUUUCACCCGAUUGCUCACCGAGCUUGAAUUUAAGGACCUAGAAGGAGCUCUAGAGGAGGCUAAGAAGAUUGGUGAAGAACUUGGAGAUAUAUAUGAACACGUUGCUCCUCGUUUUCGUCCUAGAGAUGAAAUAUUCGAGUUCAUGGUGAAUCUUUACACUGAGAAGUUUGUUCAGUGGUUUAGACUUCUCAAUGACAGAGCUAAUAGUUUGACAAAUACAGAGAUAUUAAAGGUAACUGGCUGGGUAGUCGAGUACGAAGAUAAUCUAAUUCGACUUGGAGUUGACGAAUCGCUUGCUCGAGUUUGCUCCGAAAGCGGCGCGAUGGAUCACCUUACGAAUACUUACGUCGAAAAAAUGCAAGACACAAUAAGGAAAUGGUACCUGAAUGUACUCGACGCUGAGAAGGUACAGCUACCGAAGGAAACAAAUGAUGGAAAGAUGUACACGCCAAUUGCUGUUGAUUUGUUUCGCAUACUUGGAGAGCAAGUGUUGAUUGUACGAGAAAAUAAUCGUUCGAUUAAAUUCAUGCUGUACAAAAUUGCUUUCGCCAUCAUUCAGGUAAUGAUUGAUUUUCAAGCAGCACAAAGGCAGAAAUUGGAAGAACCUACUUCUGAAAUUAGUCUAGAAGCUUUAUGUGCAAUGAUCAAUAACAAUCUUCGCUGCUACGAUCUUGCAACGGAGCUAAGUUCUAGCACACUUGCAGCUCUGCCGCCGAAUUAUGCGGAUCAGGUUAAUUUUGAGGACGCGUGCAAAGGCUUUCUGGAUGUUGCGAAGGAAACUAUUCGUCAAACCGUUCGUUUCAUUUUCGAAGAUCCAGGAGUUCAAGAGUUACUUGUAAAGCUCUAUCAGAAAGAUUGGUUGGAAGGAGAAGUAACUGAACACCUAGUUGCGACGUUUAUUGAUUACUUUUCAGAUGUCAAGAUGUACAUUGAGGAAAGAUCGUUUAUGCAAUUCGUUGAGGCGUGCGUUGAAGAAACUAUUGUCGUCUAUGUUGACCAUCUACUGAUCCAGGUUCCUAGCAUGAGUCUUUUCGAUUCUUGUGCUCACAAAUGUUCAAUAUUAUUAGUGCUGUUGACGUUGAUUAUUUUUGCUUAAAAGCAGAAAAAUUAUAUCAAAGAAGAGACAAUCGAAAGGAUGAAGCUAGAUGAAGAGAUUCUCAUGGACUUCUUCCGAGAGUACGUAAGUGUUUCUGCAAGACUAAUCAAGUUUUGUUAGCUCUAACGAUUAAUUUACUU